AGAUUUUUCUAAAACCCCGCCUUCUUCUCCGGCGCUUCGACUCCGUAUUCUCGAUCCCAUCGGGAGCAGCAACGGUGAAGGAUUCUUCGCGUUUUCUGCAUCUUCAACCUCAGGUGACCUUGUAAGAACUGAAAAGCUGUUGCAGAAAGCAUGGCCAAGCAUCAUCCUGAUUUGAUCAUGUGCCGGAAGCAGCCAGGCAUUGCCAUUGGACGACUUUGUGAGAAAUGUGAUGGGAAGUGUGUGAUCUGCGAUUCUUAUGUGCGUCCUUGCACCCUUGUGCGAGUCUGUGAUGAAUGCAACUAUGGAUCAUUUCAGGGUAGGUGUGUGAUAUGUGGAGGUGUGGGAAUAUCUGAUGCCUACUACUGUAAAGAGUGUACACAGCAAGAGAAAGAUCGAGAUGGUUGUCCUAAAAUUGUCAACCUGGGCAGUGCCAAAACUGAUCUGUUCUAUGAACGGAAGAAGUAUGGUUUUAAGAAAAGAUGAUAGGUGGAUUGCAUUUUUUGUAAUAACUUCCCUCAAAUCCGUGCUGAUAUUGAAUAUUAUUGGGGUGAUAGCUUGUAGGAUAUUGGAAUUAUGAUUAGUCUUUCAAGUCAUGACAUUGUAAUCUGCUACUGAUAUUUUCUUUAAGAAUAUCAGGAGGUGUAUGAGCUGCUACAAUUACUUUGUGAAUUUUGACUUAGAUUGUGUUGUUAUGGACACAAGUAAAAUCUAUUCAAUGUUACCGGUGGAGAUUGAAGCUCGUUGGCUUUUGUCAA